AUGGGGCGAUUUGGCUCGCAGACCAGUACCUACAACAGGCUGGUGUCCAUCUUCGUCGCGGUUGGAUCGCUCACAUACGGCUACUGCUCGUCCAUCAUCAGCAGCACCAUCGGACAGCCGGGCUGGUACACGUACUUCGAUCUUCCUGCAGAGGGCGAGGCCGGAUAUGACUCUAUCACCACCCCGACCAUUGCGACUGCCAAUGGCGUUUUCAGCGCUGGAGGAGCUGUUGGCACGCUCUUUUUGAUGUGGGCAUGCGAGUAUUUCGGUCGCAGGGCCAACAUCCAGCUGGGCGCGUUUUUCUCCUUGUUCGGAGGUGCGCUUCAGGGCGGCGCCAACUCGCUCGAGAUGUUCCAAGCAGGUCGAUUUAUCUGUGGUCUAGGCAUCGGUCUCCUCGUCACCGUGUGUCCCAUGUACCUCUCUGAGAUGUCGAGCGCAUUCCGUCGUGGCUGGCUUGUCGGACACCACGCCAUCUUCCUCGUUUUCGGAUAUAUGCUGGCAGGGUGGGUUGGAUUCGCAUGCUACUACGCCGAGGGCAAGCUGGGCACAUUCGGAUGGAGAUUCCCCCUCUGCCUGCAGUGCUUGCCUCCCCUCAUUCUGCUUGCAGGCUCGCCAUUCCUGCCUCGAUCACCCCGUUGGCUGAUAUCCAAGGGUAAAGACGACGAGGCCAGAGUGACUCUGGAGAAGCUUCGCCAGUCUCCUGAUGACCCGGAUAACCUCGUCGCCAAGGAGGAAUACUAUCAGAUGAAGGAACAGAUCCGUUUGGAGGCGGAGAGGCUGUCAACAUACGGCAAUGUGUGGACGGCAGUGGUGAAGAAGCCAUCAUACAGGAAACGGAUGGCCAUUGGUUUCCUCACCCAGUGGGGAGCCGAAUUUGGCGGUCCACUGAUUAUUAACAACUACGCAGUUAUAUUGUAUCAAGGACUCGGCGAGACGGGCAGUAUGCCCCUGCUUCUCAGUGCCGUUUGGUUGACCACGGCUGGGCUUAUUUAUAACCCCCUGGGUGCCUGGCUGCACGACAAGGUCAACUCUCGUCGCGGCAUGUACAUAACCGGCUUUGUUGGUAUCAUCAUCACCACCUCGAUUCUGGCUGCGAUGACUGCCGAGUACGCCGGUACUUCUAACAGAGGAGGAAACGCCGUUGGCAUCCUCAUGAUGUACCUGUACCUUGCAUUCCAGGGCACCUGCUGCGACACCACCAUGUACCUCUACGUGUCUGAGAUCUUCCCAACUGAGAUCCGUCCCAUUGGAAUGGGUUUCUCCCUGUUCGGCCAGUUUGCCUCCACUCUCAUCCUCCUGCAGACUGCUCCCAUUGGGUUUGCCAAUUCUGGAUGGAAGUACUACCUGGUCAUUAUCCUGUGGUCUGCCUUCUUUAUUCCCAUCAUCUACUUCUUCUUCCCUGAGACUGCUCGCCUUACUCUGGAGGAGAUUGCAAAGAACUUUGGCGAAGAGGUUGCGGUCAACCUGACUGAGGCCACAGACGAAGAGAGAGCGCGAAUCGACCAGAAUCUUGUCCAGUCUGAAAGAACUGGUUCGGCGACCGCAGACGAGGCCGGCUCUUCGAGCACUGAGCAAGCCAAACAUGGCUGA